UUUACUUCCGGUUUUCUGAAGAUGGCGAAUGUGUGAAGGAAGCGAUGAUGAAUAUAUCGCUUUGAUCCUGAAUAAUUGACGAAUCGAAUAGAAAUUGGAAUGUGUACAAAAGUUGGCUAACAUCAAACCAUGCAUCUCUACAACCUGACCCUUCAGAGGGCAACAGGCAUCACCAGUGCUGUCCAUGGUAACUUCUCAGGGGCAAAGCUACAGGAAGUGAUUGUCUCCAGAGGAAAGAUUCUAGAACUGCUUCGACAUGACCCAAACACUGGAAAGAUAUAUCCUGUUCUCACUCAGGAAAUAUUUGGCGUAGUUCGCUCGUUGAUUCCAUUCCGGCUGACUGGCGGAACAAAAGAUUACUUGGUUGUUGGCUCAGAUUCUGGCAGAAUUGUGAUCCUUGAGUAUCUGGCCCAGAAGAAUGCGUUUGAAAAGGUUCACCAGGAAACAUUUGGCAAGAGUGGCUGUAGAAGGAUUGUUCCCGGACAAUUCCUGGCUGUAGAUCCUAAAGGCAGAGCUGUGAUGAUUGGAGCUGUGGAGAAGCAGAAAUUAGUGUAUAUCCUGAACAGAGAUGCCCAGGCGCGACUGACCAUCUCUUCCCCCCUGGAGGCCCACAAAGCCAACACUUUAGUCUUCCACUGUACUGGGGUGGACGUGGGAUUUGAAAAUCCAACAUUUGCCUGCCUUGAGAUUGAUUAUGAGGAAUGUGAUGCGGACCCGACAGGAGACUCUGCUGAGAAGUCUCAGCAGCUUCUCACAUAUUACGAGCUGGAUCUGGGGCUGAAUCACGUGGUCAGGAAAUACUCUGAACCCCUUGAGGAACAUGCAAACUUUCUCAUCUCUGUGCCUGGAGGUACAGAUGGUCCAAGCGGAGUGCUGAUUUGUUCAGAGAAUUACAUCACAUACAAGAAUAUAGGGGACCAGCCAGACAUCCGAUGUCCCAUCCCGCGUAGAAGGAAUGACCUGGAUGAUCCAGAAAGAGGAAUGAUAUUUGUCUGUAGUGCCACACACAAAACAAAGUCUAUGUUUUUCUUUCUGGCCCAAACGGAGCAGGGGGAUAUAUUCAAGGUUACCUUGGAGACAGAUGAGGACAUGGUUACGGAGAUCCAUCUGAAGUAUUUUGAUACGAUCCCACUGGCAGCAAGUCUUUGUGUUCUCAAGUCCGGAUUCUUGUUUGCUUCCUCUGAGUUUGGCAAUCAUAACCUGUACCAGAUAGCCCGGCUUGGGGACGAUGAUGACGAGCCUAGGUUCAGCAGUGCCAGCCCCCUGGAAGAGGGAACUACUUUCUUCUUUGCUCCUCGGCCCCUCAAGAACCUCGUGAUGGUGGAUGAGAUGGAUAGUCUUUCUCCCAUUAUGUCUUGUCAGAUUGCAGAUCUUGCAAAUGAGGACACGCCCCAGCUGUACACUCUGUGUGGGCGUGGACCAAGGUCCUCUCUCCGGGUACUCAGACACGGGCUUGAGGUAUCUGAAAUGGCGGUGUCAGAACUGCCUGGUAACCCGAAUGCUGUAUGGACAGUGAGGAGACACUCUGAUGAGGAGUAUGAUGCAUACAUCAUCGUGUCCUUCGUGAACGCCACGCUGGUACUGUCUAUCGGUGAGACUGUAGAGGAAGUGACAGAUUCCGGCUUCCUGGGAACCACGCCCACAUUGUCUUGUUCCCAGCUUGGUGAUGACGCUCUUGUGCAGAUCUACCCGGAUGGAAUCCGCCACAUCAGAUCAGAUAAGAGAGUGAACGAGUGGAAGACUCCAGGCAAGAAAAACAUAGUCAAGUGUGCUGUGAACCAGAGGCAGGUCGUUAUUGCCCUCUCUGGUGGAGAAUUAGUCUAUUUUGAGAUGGACCCUACCGGCCAACUGAACGAGUACACAGAACGCAAGGACAUGUCAUCUGACGUGGUGUGUAUGGCUCUGGGUCGUGUACCUGCUGGAGAACAGCGGUCACGCUUUCUGGCAGUUGGGCUGGCUGACAACACAGUCAGGAUUGUCUCCCUGGAUCCAACAGACUGCUUGUCACCCUUGAGUAUGCAGGCCCUGCCGGCGGCCCCAGAGUCACUGUGUAUAGUGGAGAUGGGGGGCACGGAGGCCAAGGAGGAGACUGGAGAGACGGGCACAGUAGGAGGGCUCUUCCUUAACACAGGACUACAGAAUGGUGUGUUGCUGCGGACGGUACUCGACACUGUGACAGGUGAUCUUUCAGAUACAAGAACCAGGUACCUGGGAUCCCGUCCUGUCAAAUUGUUCCGCAUCACAAUGCAAGGCUCAGAGGCUGUGUUAGCAAUGUCAAGCAGGUCAUGGCUCAGUUAUGCCUACCAGAGUCGCUUCCACCUCACCCCUCUCUCAUACGAGUCACUAGAGUACGCAUCUGGGUUCGCGUCUGAGCAGUGCCCAGAGGGUAUUGUCGCCAUCUCAACCAACACACUCAGGAUUUUGGCUCUGGAGAAACUAGGUGCCGUGUUUAACCAGGUGUCUCACAACCUGCCAUACACUCCACGCAAGUUUGUCAUCCAUCAGGAGUCUGGCCAUCUGAUCACCAUAGAAACAGACCACAACGCAUACACAGAAGCCACCAAGGCACAGAGAAAACAGACACUUGCUGAUGCGAUGAUAGAGGAUGCCCAGGAGGAGGAACGGGAGCUGGCUGCAGAGAUGGCUGCAGCGUUCCUUAAUGAAGACCUCCCUGAGUCUGUGUUCGGGGCCCCUAAAGCAAGCGCUGGCAUGUGGGCUUCCCUCAUACGUGUCAUCAAUCCAAUCACAGGACUCACCCUCGAUACCGUGCCCCUAGAACAAAAUGAGGCUGCUCACUGUAUAUCGAUAGUGAAGUUUUCCAACUCGCCAGAGGAGACCCAUGUGGUGGUGGGUGUGGUCAAGGAUCUCACCCUGAACCCUCGCACCAUCAGCAACGGGUUCCUCUACACAUACAAGCUGGUUGAGGGGGAGAGGCUAGAGUUUCUACACAAGACUGUCGUCGAUGAGUUGCCCAGCGCUAUCGUGCCCUUCCAGGGACGGGCUCUUAUUGGUAUUGGCAAGUUCCUCAGGAUUUAUGAUCUGGGAAAGAAGAAAUUGUUGCGGAAAUGUGAAAAUAAGCACAUCCCAAACUUUGUGGUUGGCAUUCACACAAUGGGUAACCGUGUAGUAGUUGCAGACAUCCAAGACAGUUUCCAUUUUGUGCGCUAUAAGCGUGCUGAGAACCAACUGAUCAUAUUUGCGGACGACACAGUCCCACGCUGGCUCACAGCCUCUUGUCUGCUGGAUUAUGACUCGGUGGCAGGAGCUGACAAGUUUGGAAACAUUACUGUGAUUCGCUUGCCCACAGAUGUGACAGAUGAUGUGGAUGAAGAUCCAACAGGAAACAAGGCACUCUGGGACAGAGGCCUGCUCAGUGGAGCCUCACAGAAGGCUGAUGUGAUGGUGAACUUCCACAUUGGUGAGGUGGUCACCUCCCUGCAGAAGGCCACCCUGAUCCCAGGAGGCUCCGAGUCCCUCGUCUAUACCACCCUGUCUGGUGGAGUUGGCAUGCUUGUACCAUUCACUUCACACGAGGAUCAGGACUUCUUCCAGCACCUGGAGAUGUACAUGCGCCAGGAGGGCCCGCCUCUGUGUGGCCGAGACCACCUCUCAUAUCGCUCCUACUACUUCCCUGUCAAGAAUGUAGUUGAUGGUGAUCUAUGUGAAAUGUUCAACUCCAUGGAUGUCGCAAAACAGAAGAGUGUUGCUGAGGAGUUGGACAGGACGCCCGCUGAGGUCUCCAAGAAACUGGAGGAUAUCCGCACUAGAUACGCAUUCUAAAUAUUGACCUCUCGUGGUGAACAUGUGUACAUGACGCAUUCUAGACACUGACCUUGUAAAGAGAAAGUGCACAAUUCAGAAGUUAAACAUUGGCAAACUUGUGCAUACAAACUGACCAAUCCUGCAUGUCAUGGUGAUAUGUGACACAUUUCUGGGCUAUUCUGACCAAUUAUGAAUACCCAGUACAUUUUGUGGUGAUAUGUGACACAAGUCUGCAACUUCUGAAAGUGAACACUGUUAUUGUGACCGAGUGCCUUUAAUGAAGGAAGUAUCUGGAUGUAAAGUUGUUAAUUAUCUCUGUUAAUGCACUGAACAUUAUUAAAUGUAUCUGACCUGAGAACAGUAGACAUUUAUGAAUGAAUUCAACAAAAUUGGAUAUUUAUUGGCUAUUGUCAGUAUGUACAUUGGUCCUUAUUCUUAUGAUAUUUUAAGCGACUAAAAGACGUUUUAAUAUUGUAGUUGUAGAUAUAUGAAGUCAUUAUCAUCUGUUAACAAUAAACAGUGGACAACAUGUGACAUGGAAGAUAAAACAGGCAGCUUUUGAAACACUGAACAAGGAACAUGUAUACUGUUGCACUUGCCAUAAUGAUGCAUCUUAAAACAUUGCUUGUUUCUGUUUAAUGUGAUGUGUUCAAAAUCAAUGACACAAGAUAAUCAAUUAACAUUGAAUUUUGAUCUGCAUUAUACAAAAUGUUUUUUUUUUUUAGCUUGACAAAAAAUCAUUGUAUAAAAUACACAGUUUCAUAGUCAUAGCUUGAAUGUCAUUUGUUUGAUAUAUGUGAAUAAAUCGUGAAAUUUU